UGAGUAGUCGGGUAGGUCGGGGCGCGCGAGCCUUAUUUCAGUCAGGUGCCAGGCGCCAAACGCGACGCACCGUAGUCAGUGACGCUUUCCGUUCCUACACAGCCUUACGAUUUUCGCGACGUCAUAUCGUUCGCUGCAUUUAAUAUUAAUUUAGUUUUAUUUAAAAUAAAAUGACAUUGUAUUCAUUGUGUAUACUGGACUGAUUGAAUACUUUAAUGUCAAUAUUAUCAUAGUGUAUCGUAGCAGUGAGUGAAAUAGAUUUUCGUAGCGCUGUAGAAGUCCCGUUAAAGGAUGUCUCGGCACGUGCUGCUGUCCCGGCUGGCGGAGCAGUUCCAGCCAUCCUCCCCGCCGCCCCCCGCGCACCGGUAUCCCUCCCCGGAAGGCAGCCUCUCCCCCCGCACACCGCCAUCCCCUCGAUCCCCCCCGCGCUCUCCUGACUCUCUUUCUUACCAGAGACUGGAUUUACUUCAGCUCGGCGACAUCGAAAUAGCGGGGAGAGCUCUUAAACAGUACGCUAGAGCUACCGAACUGGGCGCUCUGAUGUACUGCAGCGGGCUGGGCGCGCUGUACGGCGGCGCGGGCGUGUGGCCGCUGCUGAUGCCGCGAGCCUCAGCGCAGUUCGCGCGCCCGCCGCUCGACCACGCCAGGCACACGCCGCCCAGAGAUGAUGACGAAGAAGAGCUUCCUCUUAAUUUAUCAACCAAGAACCGUCAAAUUUGGUCCCCUGGUAGUGCUUGUGAACGCGAGAAGGUUGAGAUCGGCGAGGAGUCUCCGAGCCCGAAGUGGGAGCCCGAGGACUCGGACGUGCCUCUUGAGUUGGUGAAGCGAUGCCGCAGCAACCCGGACGAGGCAGAGCGCCCGCCCAGUGCGGAGCCGCGCCGGUGUCCCUCGGCACCCGCUCACCAUAACUACCCCAUCAAAACCCCGCAAACAGGAGAACUCAACUUCUCUCUACUCCUCAAAAGCGAAAACAGAAACGAAAAAUCAUUCCAAUGCAAGCAAUGCGGCAAAUGUUUCAAGCGUUCGAGCACGCUGUCGACUCACCUGCUGAUCCACUCGGACACAAGGCCGUACCCGUGCCAGUACUGCGGGAAACGAUUCCACCAAAAGUCCGACAUGAAGAAACAUACCUACAUCCACACAGGUGAGAAACCUCACAAAUGCGUGGUGUGCUCGAAGGCGUUCAGCCAGAGUUCGAAUUUGAUAACGCAUAUGCGCAAGCACACUGGUUACAAGCCCUUCUCGUGCGGACUGUGCGACAAGGCUUUCCAGCGCAAGGUGGACUUGCGGCGUCACCGCGACUCCCAGCACUCUGACGCCGCAGAGCCAGCCCUGCAGGCCCCGCACCGCUACAGGUUCUACGGCGACGAGCCCCCGCCGCCACUAGCACCCCUCAUCACCAACUAAACCAAUCAUCCAGUCAUCACAACACAUGUAAUAAACACGGUUUUCAACUCUCACUAUUCGUACCUUUCCCAAUUGUAAAUUUAUUCAAGAGACGAUAGAGAUGAUAUUUUUCAGUGUAGAGUUUAAGAAGUUAUUGCGGAUUUUGAGAGUGAUGUCUAGUAAUUCUACUAAUCAUAGUCUGUCGUAAUGUAAUUGUAAUUAUGAAGCUUUUCAGAUAUGUCAGAAGGUUGUAGCGAGUUGUCAUUGUAAAUAAAAUUAUUGUUACCUUUUAGUGCCUUAGGGAAAGCCUGUGAAAUGUGUUGUUACUAACUUAACUAAGUUCAAAAAAUAAGUAAUUUGAUAUUGUGUAUAUUUUAGCAUAAUUUAAAAACUGGAAUGUCCGUCCAUACUACAGUGAUAAAUUAAAAUAGAUUGAUAAGACCUGUCAUGUACCAGCGUGUGUUUGACAGUACCCAGUAGUAAAUAAUUCGUAGUCUAAUACAUACCAAAGUAAAGUGUCUUAUUUAGUCGAGUGUGAAACGCUUUAUUUAUUUAGACUAGUACUAAAUGAGCGUCAUAUAAUUUAGUUUAUUUAUUCAGUAACGUUUGCCUACACUAUACGUAUCGCGAUGACAGAUAUUUAUCGAUUUUAUCGUGGGCAUUAUAAUGAAUUACAUUUUAUGUUUGAAUUUGUUUACCACUUAGCAAUACCUUUUAUGUGUAUUAAUAAGCCCGUAUGUUAUUGACCCUUUUUUUCUUUGAACAGUGACCUGUAAUUCUAAGUGUAUAAUGUAAUACAGCCUUAUUAAUUGAGAACCAUAGAAAGUAUCUUAAUUAAAAGCCACAAUAAUUUAAAACUCAUAAGAGAAAUUCAUAUGUUACCGCAUAUUAUUCUGUUACCAAGUAUUUUAGGCCUCUUUUAACAAGUAUAUAACAGUAAAAUCGAUUUUUGCUUUUACAUUUGUGAGUUUAUGUUGUAAUUAUUCUUAUGCAGAAUGAGGCCUACAUAGCUACCUAAUUUACAAAAUCGUAAUUAACUGUUUGUACAACACCUACCAUAAUAAUGACGCUUUUUAAUCAGUCUUAUUUCAUACAAUUAAUGUAUUGUAUAUUUUGUCAUAAUGCAUUUACUUUAGCAAUAAGUUGUUUUAUAAUUAUUGAGAAACAUAGGAGUAGUUCUUAAGAGGCUAUACCUACCUAAUUUAUUUAUGAGACUGCACUAAAAUUGUAACCCGGACACUAUUUGAUUUGUGAGGAGAUACGGUCUGUGAGUGUUAUUAUGUCAAUGUAAUUGAGUGGAAUAUUACGCUAUUGUAAAAAUCUGAUGUACCUUAUUAUGUUUAGAUAGGUAUACACUCGAGUUUCUUUAGUGCAAGUGACGACUGACGUUGUUACGAGAACGUUAACGGCUAGAACACCAAAGAGAGUACAACGGUCUUCUCUGACUGUUUGUCUACCUUACGAGUCGCCCCGUGACUGCGUAGUGCGCGACGCCGCCGUUGCCGCGUCGGCACGACUAGAUUAAGAACUUACCUUUGUAUAAUACCAAAUUUUCAUUUGAUUGCGGUCAAACCGUUAUGCUAACUUUAAAUGUUUUGGACACCUUUUUAAUAUUGUCAUCACCCAUUUGCUUAAAGUGAAAUCGUCAGUCAGUUUUUAUAAGUUUGAUUUUAAGUUGUAAUUUAUUAAGGCCAGUUCAAUAUAAAUAUUUAUGAAAUAUA